CUAGGGACGGACCAAGAUGGCGGCGCCCAGCCCCGCGGCGGUUGCUGCUGCUGCUGCUACCCCGGAGGCCGAAAACGGCGCCCUGGCCACCAAGCCCAAGUCCCCGGCCAUCACGCCGCAGAAGGUGCGGGAGCUGAUCGACGAAGGCAUCGCCCCGGAGGAAGCCGGGCAGGACAGAAAAGAUUCCUCGGCCUUCCCUGAAGAGGCCAAUGGGUCUCCCCCGACCAACGAGCAGCAUUUUGAAUCCACUAGCAAAGAGGCUUUCUUCAGCCGCGUGGAAACAUUCACCUCCCUCAAGUGGGCGGGCAAACCCCACGAGCUGUCGCCCCUGAUCUGCGCCAAGUAUGGAUGGACCAACGUGGAGUGCGACAUGUUGAAAUGCUCCAGCUGCCAAGCGUACCUCUGCGCCAGUCUCCAGCUGUCGUUCGACUUCAGCAAAUAUAAGCAGAGGUGCCAGGAGCUGCAGAAGGCCUUGCUGGGAGCGCACGAAAAAUUCUGCUUCUGGCCAGACAGUCCUUGCCCAGAUCGCUUUUCGGUGCUGCUGGUGGAGGAGCCGCGUGCUCUUUUCGGCGACUUCCUGGAACGCUUCCAAACGCUGUGCCAGCUGCAGCUUCAGCUGCCCUCCCUGAAGCCGGACAGUCUCAAAAACGUGUCCUUGACGGAAGAGAAGGUCAGCUUUCUCCUGCAAUUGAUCGAGGAGGAGGAGGAGGAGGAAGAGGAGAAGUGCAAAACCGAGGCCGAGAAGACGCCGGCCAAGCAGCCUUCUGACCUCCUUCAAGUCCACAUCACGGCUUCCAUCCUGGCCCUUUGCGGCUGGACUGGCAGCCCUCCCUCUGGAUCCGUCCACCUCCCCUUGAUCAGCUGCUGCCGUUGCAUAAGGAAAGUGGGACUCUGGAGUUUCCACCAGAUGGAGUCCGCGGAAACCGAGCUGGAGAACCCCUCCAACGUUGCUCCCGCGGCCGAGAAACCCUCGGUGGGGCCCACCUCCCCACGACGGAUGAUCACCCGAAGUCAGGACACCAGCGUCUCUCUGGGCUCGGAGCAGCACGAGAAGAGUCCAUCCCCUGUGAUCAGCCGCACGCGGAGCGGGGACAGCUUCAGCGAGCGCCCCGAGGCCGAAGCAGCCAGCCCCACCACCCGGAGCCGGCCUGUGACUCGCAGCAUGGGCCAUGGGGAAGCCUGCGGCCUGGGAGCCGAAGUGCCAUCCAGCCCACAUCGGAGAGCCAAGCGGCCACGCCUCUACUCCUGCAGCAGUUCGGAUUCAUGCACCCGUGUUUUUUUCGACCCCCUGGCCCAGCACCGUGACUGGUGCCCGUGGGUCAACAAGGUGAAGGAAGCGGCAGCGCCCGGAACUAAAAGGGACUCUCCGGAGGAGAAGGCCGACCAUGGCUGGCAGGUGGUCCUCAAAGUUCUCCAGGAUUCCAGGCAGUUAGAAAAGGCAGCCCAUCUGGAGUCCGAGAGUCUCUCGACCAAAUCCCGCAAAGUGUUCCAGAUUUUCCGCCAGUGGGAAGCCGCCUGCUCCUCCUGAAGCCCGGGAGACAGCGUCGGGACGGGGCGAAGUAGGCUCAGCAGAACACUACCCCAUUCGGUUAGCAGGAGGGACGUCGCGUCAGAGAAGAGACCCAGGGAGAAAACGGCGACAUUCCGCCUCCCAAUCGCACCUUCUCCUCCUCCCCUCCAUCCACAGACAGAAGCAUGGGGCAGCUGUCCGUCUCCCCUCGAAGAAGAUGCCUUACCUGCGGCUCGUAUCCCCCCCCCCCCAAAAAAAAUCCUUCCGCCCCUUCGGAGGUGGGCAGGGGCACCUGAGCAUUUCUGCUUCCCUUGCAUUUGCCGGGCGAACUCCAGCAGCCGAACCCUGGGAAAUUUCCAGUUUAAAUUGAACUAGAUCCGUUCGGCAACAAAGUGGAGAAGAUGGCUUCCCGUGGGACAUCUUGGGUUCAUCCUCCGAGUGGUGUUGGGGGGUCUUCCUUCCUCCAGCUUCUCUGCAAGGGGCGGGAGUGGGGGAGGGCGGUCUGUAGAAUUUGUUGGGGGGAACGUGGUUUGACAUUCUCGGCACCAGCACAAAUAUAGGACCCCCCCGGCCACUCCGCCGGGGACUGACAUCCUUGUUACUUGAGCCGCGUGAAAAUCCGAUGGCUACCCCAAGGGUUCGAGUUGAGUCAAAAUGUGAACUUGGGGGCAACUAGGAUGGAAGUGGAACUUCUUAUUUUUAGAUGGAAAAGAAAAAGAAGAAUUCCCUGUGACGAUAUUCAGCCUCCCAUCUGGCAAAAAAAUAAAAAUGAAAAAUGAAUACUC